AUGGAGCUAAAUUGGAAGGAAAACUUUGACGAUAUUGAAAUAACUAUAAAAAAAGCAAAAAACUAUGAAAAUGUAUUUUCUUCCUUCAUUCAUAACGAAGACUUUCUUUCUAAGGGCGACUGCCCUUUAGAAAUAGACAGAGCACAGAACAUUUUAAUAACAGAAGUGUACAUAAAAGUAGCUGACAAAAAUUAUGCCAUAAACAUAGACUUAUAUGAUAAAAUUAGCAUUAAUAAAGAGGAUAUAAAAAUUCGAAAAAACAAAGAAAUUAUAAUUUUACAUUUAAAAAAAAGAGAAAAGAAAUUAUGGGGACAUUUAUACUUUUUCUCUAUGUUUGUAAGUUACAAAAAUAAAAAAUAUCCGAAUUUAUUAAAAUGCACAAAAGAAGAAAAAAAUAAAAUAAUUAUUCAAGAACAAAAAUUCAAAAAUAUAAUCAGUAAUAGAAGAAUGAAAAGUCUAGAUCACUUGAAAAAAAUGCUUAAGAGAGACAAAACAUCUAAGGAAGAUUUCUCGAAAAAAUUGGAAGAGGAUGCCCAAAGAAUUCAGAGCGAAAUAGAACAAAUCAAAAAUGAGCAACUCAGAAUUCAAAAGGAAAGCGUAAAAAAGAGGGUCAUUGAUUCCAUAUAUGAAGAGAAAGGAACGGGUGAAGAGACACAAGUUGCACAAGUGGUAGAAGUGAUAGAGGAGAACAAAUGCAAAGAUGGAAAAACGGGAGAAGUUCCUAAAAUUGGUGGCAGUAAAAAUGAUAAGGGUAUUGAUAAGGAAGAAAAGAUUAGAAACAAUGAAAGCAACCAAAGCUGCAGUUACGAAAGGUGUUUAGAAGAUGAGGAGGAAUCUAAUAAGAACAGUAUGCCAAUGCUAAAUACUCUUGAAAAUUCUACUAAAAAAAAUAUACCUAUAUUACGAGGGACGAUUACUCAAAAUAAAGUCAUAGAAUUGAAAUUUACUCAACUAAAAAGAAAUGAACUUCCUGCAAGAGAAUCGAGAAAUUUGAAAAAAACACUAUCAAAUUACUCGUCAACAAAAAAUUUCUUUUUAAUUAUCUUAAUAGAAAAAGCAAAGAAGCUCUUUUUUAAAAAUUCAGAUUUUACUAGUUGUUUAGAAACGUUAAAAUCAAUUACUUCUCAUAUUUCAACAGGUAAUGAGUUAAUCAGAGAAGAGCAUAUAAAGGUUUUAAGUAAUUUGUCCUUAUUGUAUUUACUGACAAAUAACUUAGAUGACUCUAUUCAGCAAUGUGAUAAAUGUUUAGAUUUAAUAAAGGACGAAAUAAAAAGUUAUAGAAUUGAAGAUGUGCAGAUAGAAAAAAAUAAAUUUAAGGAAAAAACACUUUUUAAAACAUUAAACUCGUUAGAAGAUAUAAAAUCGACAAACUAUGUUCAAUAUAUGUACAUUAUAUACACAAUUGUCACUGUAAGAAAAAUAUACGCUAUGAUUAAGAAGAGAUAUAACAUUGAAAACAUUGAAAAGUGCUCCAUGUCUAUAGAGGAAGCAUGUAAUUUUCUUCCUUCAUGCUUUUAUGAAAAUAUUAAAAAAGAUAUUAGCAAUUUGAGACUUUUUUCUGCAAUGGAAACCGAAUUCCUUGCUUGUUGUUCAGGAAGAAAAGAAAUAAAGGAAAACCUACGCAGGUUAAAUAAUCUGAUCGAGCAAGAAGAUUUGUCGCAUGAAGUAUGUCUAAGUUUCUAUGUCUCUAUGAAAAGAUCCCUUUACUUAAAAAAUUUAAAUUUCUUCUACGCGAAUAUUAUAAAUGUGUUAUUAUGCAUUUUUAACCUCAUAGAUAAACAACAUAAAACAUAUUGUUUUUUAAACAAAAUCGAAUAUUUUGGCUUGACAAAUUUUUUACUUAAUAUAUAUGAACUUAUUUUAUUACUCAAAAAUAAUAGUACAUUUUUAGAGAAAAUAAUCGAAAUAGAAAAUUUAAGCGAUUGCAUGGAAAGUUCAUUAAUUCAGCAGGAAAUUAAAGAUGUUUUGGCUAGUCAUUUGAGAAAAAGUUAUGACAGCGAAUUUGAAUUUGUUGUAAAUAAUAACCUCUCUUUAAAAAAAAUAAUUUGCAUACUACGGAGUGGAAAAAAUAUUGAAGCAAAUGUAGAAAAAGAAGUAAAGAAUAAUGAGAGUGAAAUUAACAUACCCUCCUCUUAUGUUCUUUUUGAAAACAUUCCUUACAUAUUAAAGAAAAGUAAUAAAAUUGCAAAAGAUAUUACUUGUUCUAAUUUCUCAGAAAAUGAAAUAAAGAUAACACUUUUUUCAAAUAUGGAUUAUUAUACAAAUAUAGAGGAAAACUGCCAACUGUUAAAAAUAGAAUUAACAAUGAAAAUUAUAAAAUCCAUGUGCUACACUUUGAAUCUAAUGCAAAAAAUUUAUAAAGAAAAUAUGACAGAAAAAAUUGUUCUCAGAAACAUGAUAUAUACUUUAUUAAUUGAUGUUUCCUAUUGUAUUAGCAAUUUAAACAAUUUAUCUUCAAAAAUUGAAAAUAUAAUUAGUCUUCUCUUUUUAUAUUUUUGCUUUUCUUUCAUUUAUAAUUUUGCGUCUAAUGAAUUUAUUAUUGAUACCCAUUUUAAAAAAUCUGACGAAACAAAACAUUUAAAUUUGCUAGUUUUAAAAGAUAUGGAAAAAGAAAAAAGAAUUUCUAAAGAUUUUAUAAAAAAUAUUUUAGAAAAGUCGUUUCUACACAACUUUUUUGCAGACUACAAAAAGUAUAUGGAUUUAAAAAAAAAGGAAAAAGGCUUAGAAGGGGGAGGCUCGCAAAAUAACGAGCAUAACAAAAUGAUACAGAGAAUAUGUUAUUUAAUAAAAAAAAUUAAAAAGAAAAACAAAGAUAGCAGUAACGUUAGCUGCAUAAACAGCAGCAGCGUUAGGGGCAUAAACAGAAACAAUAGCAUUAGCAGGCAUAAUCUAGAAAUUGCGCUAAUACAUAAUAAAUAUGGAGAGGAAAUUUACUAUUUCUUGUCAUUUCUAAAUAAAGAAAAUUACUAUAUAACGUCAAUUCAAUAUAGUAUUAUUUUGCUAAAUCAUACCUAUAAACCUACGAAAUUUUCUAACUAUAAUUUAAGUUAUGUACAUGCAGUAAAACAACUUUUUACCCUGUCCUUUUUUGUGAAAAAUAAAAUAAAUACAACCCAGUGUUUAAAAAAACGUUUAGGGAACACAAGUAAUAAGAACGGUUUACAGAAAAUUUUGUCUUAUUUUACCGAUGCUUCUUCUAUCAAGUUUAAGAAUACGAAAAGAUAUAUGUUUUUAAAAUCAUGCGAAGAUAGAAAUGCGGAAAAUGACCUAGUUGCUUACGUACAGGCUGUCAUAAAAAAAUAUAAAAAAGUUAAAAUACUUAAAAAUAUAGAUUUCUGUUUAGUUCGUCUUCACGCGGAACAAAACGUCGUAACAAAUGCCAAAAACACGAUUAUAAAAUAUUUGGAGAACCUUUCAACCGAUUUUCAUAUUUUGAACCGUGUUCUACAGUUCAGUAUAUAUGAUAUGUUUUCUAAUUCUCUCUUUUGUAAAAAAGCGAAUGAUAUUGGGGACAUCAGUUGUAACACAUUUUCAGCAUUUAUAGAAAAAAUAUCUCAUAAUAAAAUAAAAUAUAAAAAUGUUGUAAAUUGUUAUUUCAAAAAAUUCUUGAGAUUUAAAAUUCUCACAUUAAAUAGCAAAUAUGAUCUUUGUGGAUGA